AUGGAUGAUGAAUUCGACUUCAAACAAGUCACAUCGCUUUCUCUCUCAAGAGCCUCUGGCAUUAAUCAAUCAACAAAACCAGAAGUAAAACAAUAUUGGUCUUCAUUCCUUCAAGUACUUGGAGAAAACAACACCAUGUCUCAAGAUUCAUCACCAUUACCAAAUAUGCAGUCCCUCUCCAUUAACGGAACCAACAAUGCUAACGACAACAACCUUGAGGAUCCAAAACCUUCAGAAAUCACCACUGAUACGGGUAACACAUGGUAUGAAAGUGUUGCAAGAUUUGAGGAUUUGGGAUUAUCUGAGGAAUUGCUGAAAGGAUUAUAUGUUGAAAUGAGGUUUAAUGAACCUAGUAAGAUUCAAUCAGUGACUUUACCUAUGAUUUUGAAACCCCCAUACAAAGAUUUAGUAGCACAAUCUCAUAAUGGUACUGGUAAGACUACCUGUUUUGUUCUUGGAAUGUUGAGUCGUGUGAAUGUUAAUCUAAAAGCUCCUCAAGCACUUUGUAUUUGCCCUACAAGAGAAUUGGCUAUACAAAAUUUAGAAGUGUUGAGAAAAAUGGGGAAGUAUACAGAUAUAAAGUCAUACUGUGCAAUUCCUAUGGGUAGUAAAAGUCCUGAUAUUCCAAUUUCAAAGAGAAUGCCACUUACUCAGCAAGUAAUUAUUGGUACUCCUGGUACAAUUAAGCAAUGGAUUUCUUAUAAGAAAUUGAGUUUGAGAGAGAAUAGGAUACUUGUGUUCGAUGAAGCUGAUCAUAUGUUGGCUGAGGAUGGAUUUAGGGAUGAUUCCACUAGAAUCAUGAGGGAUAUCAAAGCAAGUAGUGCCCAUUGCCAGGUGCUUCUGUUUUCUGCAAGUUUUAAUGACAUUGUCAGAAAUUUUAUAUCAAGAGUGAUUACAGAAGGAAACAAGCUGUUUGUAGAGCGGGAACAACUCUGUCUAGAUGUAUUAAAACAGUAUAAGGUGAACUGUCCUGAUGAACUUGCAAAGAUACGUAUCAUUAAGGAUAAGAUUUUUGAUUUAGGGGAGCAUUUAGGGCAGACCGUAAUUUUCGUCCACUCAAGAGCAAGUGCCAGCGCAUUGCAUACAGAAUUAGAGGAUUCUGGUUGGGAAUGUUCAAUUAUUCAUGGUGCUGUUGAUAAUGAUGAAAGGGACAAGAUAGUUAAGGGAUUCAAAGAAGGAUUAACCAAGGUGCUCAUAGCAAAUAAUCUUCUUGCGCGAGGUUUCGAUCAAUCGCAGGUGAAUGUGGUUGUGAAUUAUGAUCUUCCGGUGAUACAUGAUUCUCUAUCAGAACCUGAUUUUGAGGUGUACUUGCAUAGAUGUGGUAGAGCAGGACGUUUUGGUCGCAAGGGGGCUGUGUUCAAUUUAUUGUGCACAGAAAAGGAAUUCAUGCUGAUGCACAAAAUCGAGAGGCAUUAUGGGAAUUGUAUGGCCGAGGUAAAGUUAUGA